UGUUCCGCCUGGUGGGACAGCGCAAGGGCUGCAUUAUAUUGCAUCGCCCUUGACGGCUCUCCGCUCGAGGUUCAUCCCCGAUCAUCCUCUCCACCCUCGCCAUUCACGACCUACGAGCAGUUCCCACCACCCGCUCCUCCGGCGCCAUGUCCCCGCAAGACCAUUCCCAAGUCGGCCCCUCGGCCCCAAGCUCACAGCCCACCGGCGUCGAGUCCAUGGCCGACGAGCUGGCGUCUCUGGCCGAUCGCGAGGUCCUUCGGUCGGCUUCCUCCCAUUCGCCACCGACGCAUUCGCCAUCGACGCCUGGCCGCCGCUGCAGGUUCUUCAACACCCCCAAGGGAUGUCGCCUCGGCACCGACUGUCCGUACCUGCACAUCCGCAAGGAUCCAAAGUCGUCUCAGGACCCAAUCGACGCUCAGCCGAGCCCAGAAACCGCUGCCGAGAAGGUCCGUCCCGACCCUCUCCCAGAGCAGCCAGCGACCCAAAGCCCAACACUGCAGCCGACCCAGCGCCAGCCUCGACACGGCCGUCGAGGCACCACCAACGGCUCCAGAAACAGCACGGACACGAGCGGAAAUGCCACCUCCAGCAACAACGGCAGCCGCCCCUCCUCUGGAUUUGUCACCACCAGCGGCUUCAAGGUCCAGAUCCAACGGACAGCCGAAUCAACUUCAGCACCGGCAUCGGCAUCAACCUCAGCACCAGCGUCAGCAUCAGCAUCGGCGCCUUCUGAUUCCCCAGCCCAGACUGGGUCUCAGAAACUCGACACCCGCAGCAAGAGGCAGUCUCGACCCGCUGCUCCCAAGGCCGAUGCGGUCGAUCCCAGCGACAAUACAGGCCCCUCCAAUCCUCCUUCGACAGCGGCUCGGCCCGCAGUGGCCAAGCCGGCUGCAAGGAGCCUCCAGAACAAGCUCAACCAGACUACGGACCCGUUCGAUCGCGCAAAGAUCAUCUUCCAGAUUGAGCUUGAUCAGAUCGAGCGACGAUUCUCGGCCCUCGGCCAGUACCAGGUCGUCCGCAAGUCCAUGAAGGAGACCAUCAUCGCCGUGGCCCUGGCGCCUUCGGACCCCGACUUUCCAUACGACCUGGAGGCCCUCUUUUGCCAGCUUGUGAUUCCCGGCAACUACCCGAUUGUGCCGGCCAGCCAACUCACGGUGACCAACCAGGAUAUCCCGCCGGCACUCGUCCGUGCCGUCGAGCGGGGCUGGGCUCGCAAGGCCGCUGCAAGCGUCGGCAAGGCCUCGCUCCUGACCAUGUUCAACUGGCUGGACCACAACCUCGAGAGCCUGCUUGUGGAGCAGCCCGAAAUGAAGAUGACCUUUGUGAGCAACGUCGGCAAGCCCGACGGUCAGAGUGAAUCGUCCAUCGCCGGUGCUAAUCCCGGCGCUGAUGAAACCGAUCUGCCUCCUCCUCUGCCCAGCGUCCCGGUCAGCCUCCAGACAGACGCUGUCGAUCGCAAGGACCGUGUCGUCAUCGUGGCGGCGGAUUAUUAUGGAGUGCGCCGCGAGCCACCUUCCGACCUGGGUCCGAGCGACAGCAGCGAGGAUAGCUAUGAAUCGGACCUGACUGCAUCGGACUUUGAAAGCGAUGACGAGACCUCGUCGUUUGCUCGAACCGAUCCCGCCGAUACCGACGAUAUCCCGUCCUGGCCUGCGGAAGAGACCGCCCUGACCGACGAUGUGGAUCUUACAGCCAGGGCGGUCUGCGCUGGCCACGACGAACCCAGCUCGAGGCAAGCGGUGGGUGGCGUUGGCGUAUCCGGAAGCACACCCAUGCGCCCUCGCGGAAUCCACAUUCGUCUGCCGAACCUCCAACUCGAUGGCAUCUCUGUCUUGGAGUGCACGUCCUUGAGCAUCAUCGUGCGCUGCUCGCGAUGCAAAGACACCAUCGACGUCAUGGCUCUGUCUCCGGCGCCGGUCGACGCCGCACAGCCCAAGCCCCGGAUCCUCUGCUGCCCAACCUGCAAGACCAACAUGUCGGUUGCGUACCGGUUCGAGCUUGCCCACCGGUUUGCGAUGGCAAUCGGAUAUCUCGACAUGUCUGCCUGCACACCAUUCGACCUCCUGCCCUCGACCUUUGUGGCCACAUGCGCGAGCUGCGACAAGGUCCAGCAUCCGUCGCAGUGCUAUCGAAACUUUGUGCGGUCGCAGCCAACAACGCACUACUGCACGGGGUGCCAUGCCAAGAUGACGCUGUGUGUCGACCAAGCCAAGUUUGUCAAGAUCGGAAACGGCGGCGCUGAUGACAAGACGCUGUCACAGUUAGAAGCCCUGUCCCUGGCCAGGAAGAACAAGAAGAAGAGUCGUGACGAGGCAGCCCUGGUCGUUGGCACGCCGUUGCCCAAGAAUGGAUCGUGCUCGCAUUACCGCAAGAGUUAUCGGUGGUUCCGCUUCCCAUGCUGUGGAAAGCUGUUCCCAUGCGACGUUUGCCACGAGGAGCAGAACAGCGACGGCCAUGAGAUGCUGCAAGGCAACCGCAUGGUUUGCGGCUUUUGCUCGCUCGAGCAGGCCUACUCGCAGAAGCCCUGUCGCUGCGGCAAGGAGCUCACUAGGUCCGCCGGCAAGGGAUACUGGGAAGGCGGAAAGGGCACCCGCGACCCGCAGCGGAUGUCCCGCAACGAGAACAAAAAGUACUCGGGCAUGCACAAGACCCUCAGCAACAAGAAGGGCCGGGUCGGAGUCGCCGGCACAGGCAGCAGGAACAGGUCGUCGCAGCCAUCCUCGUCGUCGCUCGGCGAUCAAUGAGGAUGCUGGGUCGUCUGCCGAACUGUCUGCAAGCCAGCCGGGUUUACUCUGUUACUACCACCUGCUUCUGCGAAUCGUUGGCUCUCUUUCCAAUGCCAUGUUCUCUCUGUCCAUGCCGAUGCCAUGCCGAUGCCAUGCCCAUUCCUGACCAACUGGGUCUGUGGCCAGAUCACAGCGCCCUUUGGAAUCAUCUACACACCCAAAGCAAAGCGGGACGCCCUGUUAUGAGUCAGUUUUUGUUCCGAAUCCUGAAUACACUCAUCCAUCGCCCUUCAUGACCAAACAGCAAACGAUUCCAAAGUUCGAUUGCACU